AUGGCUGUACAAAUUCAGAAGCCGCUGCACUCGAAUUUACCGCCGAUGUUUUCAUCCAGCAGUGGCAGUGUCUCCGCCAUCGACGGCACAGACCUGUGCGCCGGCAAGGAGUGUUGGCACAUUAAGACGAGGAGCCGAGGCGGCAGCCAGCUCAGCAGUCUCCUCCGCCCUGCCGCCGCCGGCGACCAUGCCCGGCGACCAUGCCGGCGCCGGCGCCGCCGUCGGCGCAGCGAAGGCCAUGCAGCUCAAGGUGCUGAUGCCUUCUUCCUUCCACAAGAUGGUAAGAAGGAGAAGCUAGCCACCAUUAAUUUUCGGCGCCAUUUGCUCUUUCUUUCUUUUGCUUUCUUGGUCUCUCCCCGUACCGUUUGUGCUCGAUCCGUACUCGCCUUCGAUGUCUGCGCGCAGCGCAUCUCCGACGAGCUCGCCGCGGACCUCCUGGGCGAGCGCGGCGACGGCGGCGGCGGCGGCGGUGGAGCGCCGCGGCGGGCGGCGCGCGUGGUGAGCCCGGUCGGCAAGGUCUGGGACGUCGAGGUCGGCCGGGACGACGACGGCGACGGCGGCGGCGCGUUCCUGGGGCGCGGGUGGGCGGAGUUCGCGGCGGCGCACGGCCUGGGCAUGGGGUGGUUCGUGGUGGUCCGGCACGAGGGCGGUGGCGUGCUCACCGUCAAGCUGUUCGACACCACCUGCUGCCUCUAGGACUUCGGCGCUCGCCCUGCAGGUAAUCCAAAGGAUUAUUUGCACGCAAAAUUUAAGUUAAUCAUUUUGGUUUUUGUUCUCUUUGGAGAAAUACGGGUGCUGGUUUUGAAACUGGCACUGAUAACCAAUUUCAUCAAUGUCGUUUACUAUGUGUUGGUUGGGGAAACGGGUUUUCCAACUGGCACCUAUCAAUCUUUCUGUAAUAGUGUUAUUACCAUUGGUUUGUCGGUUAAACAUUUUCUUUUACUAGUUGUGACAACCAGAAGCGGUAGAGCAAGAGACGCGUCAAAUAAGCCGCAAUUCUUGAGGGUACUUCUACCGGGUUUCAUGGAAAAGAUGAGGAUCCCUGCUAAGUUUGUACAACAUUACAUUGCCGAAGAGCAUCUGAACAUCCACAUGGCUAGCAUUUUAAGCCCCCUCGGCAAAUUCUGGCGCAUUGAGCUCGAGAAGGAUGAAUUGGGCAUGUUUUUCAAAGGAGGCUGGUUACAGUUUCUGUCAUUCCAUGGCAUUUCCCCGGGUGAUGUUGUGCUCUUGAGGCAUGAAGGCAACUUAGUGUUCAAAAUCAAAGUGUUUGGGAUCAAUGGAUGCAAGAAAGAUUUGAAGACCAAGGACGACAUCACAAUUCAGCAAAGUGAGCCAUCAAAUGAGUUGCUGACAUUUGAAUUAAUCUGUCCUAAGAACAUGCUACCGUUCGAUUCUUUUCUGUCUUCUCUACAUUUUGCAGGUGCUAGAAACCAACAUGAAACACCUUCUUUUUCUACAAGGAAAUGUAACAAGAACAGUAGAUUUGGCGAAGAUUGUAAAAACCAAUUACAGGAAAUACCUUGCAGUAUAAAGGGUAGCAGAAAGAAAGGCAGAGAAACAAAACGGCCGAAAAAAUCCAAAUCUAUCUACGAGAUCGGACCACCUUCUUGGAUAAAGAAGGAGAUCAGCAACUAUAUGCUGGAAAAUGGCAAUAUUUCUUUGCCAGGGAUCUUCUGCAAGUCGAUCGGGCUCGUAGAAGAAACCACCAUCACUCUAAUGAUCAACAGCUCGAGAGGAAGAAGCAGCAGCAGCAGCAGCAGGUCAUGGGAGGUGGCUUGUAGUGUAAACAAGAACGGAUACGGCUGCUGCAACCUGCUUCCAUCCGGCUGGAAGAGGUUCUGCCAGGCGAACGGUCUCCUCGUAGGCGACGUCUGCACCUUCAGCGUCGUCGAGGCCACCCUGUGGCAUGUUGCCAUCGAUCGAGUCGAGCGUAGCUGAUGCUAGAGCUUCAAUUAGCCGGAUACUGCUAUUCGUCUGGCUGAUUGUGUCUCUGAUAUAUGCCCUGGUUAUUCUGGACAUGCAGUUUUUGUUUUGUUUGUUUUUUUUUUUUUUGCAAUUUGGGAUGAUGACAAAGAUGAUGGAUUGAUGGUGGUGGUGAUGGCUUUGGGUUGUACACUUACAGCA